AUGAACCAACCUCUUUAUCCCGCUCCUGCCUCUACCCAUCCAGUCCACUCUCCUUGCUGCACUUGUGUGAUCAUUCAAGAGCUCCUCAUUGCCUGUGAGAUAGGAUUCAAGUUCCUGAGCUGGCCCCUCAAACUCACUUUAAUCUGGAAAUACCUACAUCUUUGCUCCUUCUCCUGCACCCAUUCAACAUGCCUCCACCUACCAAACUCAUCCUGGUCUUUGGGCAUAUUAUUGCUCCUUCUCCCUGGGAUGUCCUUGUCCCCUAUCUCAGCCUCUGGGAAUCUUCUGGACUCAACAGAGGCCCUCCUCCUUCAGGAAGCCUUGGCCGGCCCUGUGAGCACUCUCUACCAGAUCAGCCUUCCUGGUGCUCACCUCCCCAGGCCUGUGGAUUCCCUGCCAGAAGGGUCAGCACUCCAAUGGUACCAGCUCAGGGUCAGCACUCCAGUCUCCUUGCUGCCCUGUACCCAGCCCUGUGCUGGCCACUGA